ACAAUGUAAUAUUAGUAUUAUUGUUAUUAAUAAGAAUGGAAACAACAAGGGGAGAGAGAUGGAACCAAAAGGGGAAAGAAAGCACCAAGAGCCAGCAGUGAUGCCCAAUACAAGUGCUCAGCACCUACUGAGCAACACCCAGCCCGACCCGUCCCUUCUGGGUGACUCCCCCGUUUCUAUCCUGGGCAUGCCGUGCUGUGGGAUGGAAUACCCCUUUGGCUAGUUCGGGUCAGGAGUCCUGUCUCUGCUUCCUCCCGGCUUCCCGUGCUCGUCCUCACUGCAGGGCACUGAAAAGUCCUUGCUCGGGGUGCUACUGAGCAACAAUUAAAGCAUCGGUGUGUUACCAGCGUUGUUCUCAGCCUGCAGCCACAGCACUGCUGCUAGGGAGGAAAACCGUGUUACAGCUGAAACCAGAACACCGGGGAGCACCCGCUGCUCUCCCCUUGGCUUGCACCGGCCUCAGACACCCCCUUUCUUCCCUUGGCCAGCGCAGAAACGUGCACUCCACCCAUGCAGCUCUCCCCAUCUCUGCUGCAGCGCAGGGACAGGCAGAAGGUGGCGGCAGCGGCAGCACCCACAGCUAGAAGCAAGCAAACGCCGCGGGGGGGAGUGUAACAGCGCUGGAGAUGCUCGGUUAAAGAAAAGAAGUGGCUGGAGGCGGACACGGCCCGCGGGGACAGGAGCCACCGGCACCCACCCGCCUCACGGCGGCGGCACCGACACCCCGACCCGGCGCCUGCGCACGGCGUGCCCCGCGCGGGGGAGCGCCGCGAACGCCCCGGGAUGCGCUGGGAAGCGCCGGGGCCGCGCCGAACCCCCGGAGUUCCCCGGCCGGGCCGAGCCGAGCCGGGCCGGGCCGAGCCCCCGCGGCUCCCGGGCCGAGCCCCCGCGGUUCCUGAGCCGAGCCGGGCCGAGCCCCCGCGGUUCCUGGGCCGAGCCGGGCCGGGCCGAGCCGAGCCGAGCCGGGCCGGGCCGAGCCGAGCCGGGCCGAGCCCCCGCGGUUCCCGGGCCGAACCGAGCCGAGCCGAGCCCCCGCGGUUCCCGAGCCGAGCUGGGCCGAGCCCUCGCAGUUCCCCGGCUGAGCCAGGCCGAGCCGAGCCGAGCCGAGCCGAGCCGAGCCGAGCCGAGCCGAGCCGAGCCGAGCCGAGCCGAGCCGAGCCGAGCCGAACCCCCGCGCUUCCCCAGCCCCGCCGCUAUCUCUUUAAGGCGGGGCGGUGGUUGUUUCCAGCCGUUGCGUCAUCCGCCCGCGUGACCCGCCGCGCGGGGCCCCAAGGGGCCGCUCCGCCCCGCCUUCCCUCUCCCAUUGGCUCGCACUACCCUGCGCGUCACGGCGCGGUGCGUUCUCGUUGGCUGCGGCCGGCGGGAGCGUUGCGUCAGGGCCCUUAAAAGGGGCGCGGGGCGGCGGGCGCGGGGCAGCGCGGAACGAUGCGGGCGAGGAUGAGCGGGUGGCAGCGCUCGGGACGGGGCCGCGGCGGGACGGGGCCGCGCAGGGAGGCGCUGCCGGUACCGACUGGGGCUGGGGGGCAGCGCCUCGCCCGGGGUGACCCGCAGGUGGGAGCGGGGGGCCCCGCGGGGCGCGGGUACCGCUGACCCCGCCGCGCUCUGUCCGCAGGCAUCCAGGAAGAGGUGCGUCCUUGUCGACCACCACACCUGAGAGCAGACCGGCCCGCACGCAGGUGACGAUGGCAGCCGAGGGGUUGCCUGCGGGGGACCCCCUCACGGCCCCAUCCGGCUGGGAGCUGGAGGCCUGGUACCAGGACCUGCAGGAGGUGCUGGCGGCAGCGGAGUCCAGCGGACCCCCCCCGCCCUGGGGGCCCGAGCAGGUGAGGGGCCGGCAGCGGCCUGUGCAGGGGGAGCGCGGGCGCAGGGGGCACCGACACCCGGCGCUGGUGCCCGCUCUGUCCCUGCAGGCAGAGCUGUGCGGCACGGAGGGGGCUGGCGGGGGCCCAGAGGGCUGCGGGCUGGACGCUGCCCUGGCCGCGGAGCUGCUGGAGCUGCUGGGGCCGGAGAGCAGAGCCGGCCCCGAGCCAGCGCCGCCGGGCGCAGCCUCUGGCCGCAGCUCCCCGCCCCAGGAGGAGGCGGCCACUGCCCGGCGCGGGGUGAAGCGGAAGCGGUGCGGUAGCACCGGGGCGAGCGGGGAACGAGCCAAGCGCCGGGAACACGCCGACGAGCAGCGGGUGCUGGAGCUGACGGCCCACAACGAGCAGCUCCGGGCAGAGAUCCAGCGGCUCAGCACCGAGGUGCAGCACACGCGGGCAGCCCUCAUCGACCGCAUCGUGAACCUCCGCCGGGCUUAGGCAAUGCUGCCCCACAGCCGGUGGGGCGAGAACUCUGCUGCCCCUGCGGACCUGGGGGGCAGCCAUGAACUGGAGGGGCACUGCCCCGCUGGCACAGACUAACGCUGUGGGAUGGGCACCGUGUCCAUGCAUGAUUGUAUAGGUUUUGCAUUUUAUUACAGACACAAACCACCGGCC